AUGCCUUCGACUUUGUUGGAGAGGGCUGAGGAACGGCUCCCAUCAUGGUAUGUGAAGACUCCAUCGGACACGUUUGUUCUGGUCAAAGCAUAUGUGAGCGACGAUCAACUAUGUCAACCUCCACUUUUGGUUUUACCUGGUUGUAAAAUCCAAGAUGUCAGCCGUGCAUUGCACAAGCUUGCGCAAACAACUGCCCCAUGCCUACAGGUGUCCAUGUCUGAAGAGAGACAGCAGGAACUCAAUGAGUUAGCUGAGUACUUGUCUGCAAAUUUCCCCCAGUAUAUGAAAGGGGUGCACUUGUUGCAACUUGCUGGAAAGGUUGCACUGACACGUACUGUGCCCAUGAAUUUGGGAUAUAUUUUGGCCGGUCCGUCGCCUGCUGUGCAACGGGGCCAUGCACAGCUCCAUGAUCCGGAGCCUCACAAUGUUCGCAGGCUCCAAGUCCGAUUCCACAGGUACUAUUGA